CUUGGCCCCACAUCGCCCCCGUCUUCUCGUCUUCGUUCUUGACACUACUCAUCUCCAACUCUCCAAAAUGGCCCCCCAGCAGCCCAUCAAGGUCGGUAUCCUCGGUGCGACGGGCACCGUCGGCCAGCGCUUCAUCGAGCUCCUCGCGCCCCACCCGUACUUCCAGAUCCAUGCGCUCGGCGCAUCCUCCCGCUCGGCGGGGCAGGAGUACGCCAAGGUGACCAAGUGGAAGCUUGCGAUCCCCAUCCCCGAGAGCGUGCGCACGAUGGUCGUGCAGCCCUGCGAGGUCGCGCCGUUCCAGGACUGCGGCAUCGUGUUCUCCGGCCUUGACCACGACGUCGCGGGCGACAUCGAGGCUGCCUUCCGCAAGGCCGAGCUCGUCGUCUUCUCCAAUGCCAAGAACUACCGCCGCGACCCCAUGGUUCCGCUCAUGGUGCCCCUCGUCAACCCCGAGCACUUUCCCGUCGUGCGUUACCAGCAGAAGCAGCUGGGCCUGCAGAAGGGCUACAUCCUCUGCAACGCCAACUGCUCGACGACGGCGAUCGUGGUGCCCCUGAAGGCGCUCGAGGUCAAGUUCGGCCCGCUGAAGCGCGUCAUGGCCACCACGCUCCAGGCCAUCUCGGGCGCCGGCUACCCCGGCGUCAGCUCGCUCGACAUCCUCGACAACGUCGUGCCCUACAUCGGCGGCGAGGAGGAGAAGAUCGAGUGGGAGACGAGCAAGAUCCUCGGCGGCCUCCUGCCCGGCGACGAGGGCUUUGACCUGCACGCCAAGAACCCGCUCAAGGUCAGCGCGGCGUGCAACCGUGUCCCCGUCAUCGACGGGCACCUGGCAUGUGUCUCGGUCGAGUUCGCGGCCGAGAAGAAGCCCAGCAUCGACGAGGUCCGCGCCGCCUUCGCCGAGUACACGACCGAGGCCCAGACGCUCGGCUGCCCCUCCGCCCCGGCCCAGGCUAUCGUGCUCCACGACUUGCCCGACCGCCCGCAGCCCCGCCUCGACCGUGACCUGCAUGCCGGCGCGUGCGUCUCCGUCGGCCGCGUGCGCGAGUGCAACCUCUUCGACGUCAAGUUCGUGUGUCUCCUCGACAACGUGCGUCUCGGCGCCGCCACGAGCUCGGUCAUGAACGCCGAGCUCGCGGUCGAGAAGGGCUUCCUCUAGACAAAUUGUAGAUAUAUUGGUCGCUGUCGGGACUGGGUCAUGCAUGUGUUUCGCCGC